CUGCUCUCUUUUCUCUCCUCUCACUCUUCUUUCUUUUUUUCUUCCACUCUGCCUGAGCUCUCUUCUCCGUUGGUUUUCUCUGUCUUUGCAAGUAGUGAGGAUGCCUAUUCAUAGGCAAAGUAAAUCACACCCGUGAGUGUGCAGGGAGGCAUCAUGAUGCUUCUUUCCAACAUGUGGGCUUGGUCUCCACUAACUUUUCAACAACAUGGAAUUAAUUACCACUGAAGAGGCUUCUUCCUCUUCUUCUUUUUCUGUUCCUGCCCUGUUUAUGGAUUCAAUUACCACUGAAGAGGCUUCUUCCUCUUCUUCUGUCACCCAUUCAUGGACAUACGACGUCUUUCUUAGUUUUAGAGGUGAGGACACACGCCACAAUUUUACAGGCCAUUUGCAUAGGAGUUUGAAUCGGAUGGGAAUCCGCACCUUCAUAGAUAAUGAGCUUCAAAGAGGAGAAGGAAUAUCCAAGGCGCUUCUCGAAGCAAUUGAAGGGUCAAUGAUUUCUGUCGUCAUAUUCUCUCAAGGCUAUCCAUUCUCAAGCUGGUGCUUGGAUGAACUCGUUCAUAUCAUGCAAUGUAAAAAUUCAAAGCAGCAAUUGGUUUUUCCAGUUUUUUACAAAGUGGAUCCCUCAGAUAUACGACACCAGACAGGUGUUUUUAAGACGGCAUUUGCUAACCAUGAAUGCUCCUUCAAGGAUGAUCCGGUGCAGCUGGUAAGAUGGAAGGCAGCUCUCAAAGAAGCAGCAACCCUGUCUGGGUGGCAUUUCAUGGACGGCGACGAAUCUGAACUUAUUGAUGACAUCGUUAAAGAGAUUUCACUGCGAGUACAAAAUUAUACCGGCUUUAAUGUGGCUGAUCACCCAGUUGGAAUCGAUUCUCGGGUACUACAUGUGGAUAAACUUUUAUGCGUUGGGGUAAAUGAUGUUCGUAUGGUAGGGAUAUGGGGAAUGGGUGGAAUUGGUAAGACAACAAUUGCUAGAGCUGUUUACAAUACAAUUGCCCAUAAUUUUGAAGGUGGAUGUUUUUUGGAAAAUGUUAGAGAAGAAUCAAUGCAAUAUGGAGGCCUAGUCAAACUACAAAAUUGUCUUUUGUCGAAGAUAAUGGGCGUGAAUUUGGAGAUGACUAGUGUUCAUGAAGGAAUCAAUGUGAUAAAGAAAAGGUUAAGCAAGAAAAGGGUUCUCAUAGUUGUUGAUGAUGUGAACCAAGUAGACCAACUAAAGAAAUUAGUUGGAAGGUGUGACUGGUUUGGUUUCGGCAGUAGAAUUAUCAUAACGACAAGAGAUAAGCACUUGCUCACUGCUCAUCAAGUUAAUCUAAUCUACAAUGUCAAGGAAUUGGAUGAUCACGAAGCUCUUGGUCUCUUCAGUGCGAAUGCCUUUCCAGGAGAAAGACGACUUUCAGAUCAUUAUGUGAAGCUUGCUAGAACUGUAGUGCAGUAUGCUCGAGGCCUUCCCUUAGUUCUGGUAGUUUUAGGUUCACUUCUAUGCGGUGCAAGUGUGGAGGAAUGGCAAGACGCAUUAGAUGGUUACACAAAAAUUCCUAAUGCAGACAUUCAAGAAACUCUUAAAAUAAGUUAUAAUUCAUUGGAAGAUCCCGUGAAAGAAGUUUUCCUUGACAUCGCAUGUUUCUUUAAAGGUGAAAAUAUAGACCAUGUGAUACAAAUACUAGAAGCUUGUGGCCUCAACCCUAAGUAUGGUAUUAAAGUACUCAAAGAAAAGGCCCUCAUAAAUGUAAAUGAAGAAAAUUUUAUUUGGAUGCAUGACUUGCUAGAAGAAAUGGGAAAAGAAAUAGUUCGCCAAGAGUCACCAGCUGAACCUGGAAAACGUAGCAGGUUGUGGUUUCACGAGGAUGUUGAUCAAGUUCUAACAAAAGGCCUAGGAACAAAUAAAAUCAAGGGCAUCAUGGUAAAGUCGUCUCCACGAGAUGGCAAUGCUUUAAGCUUCUCAAAGAUGAUAAACCUUAAACUUUUAAUAGUCAGUAAUGCACGCUUUUCUGGAGAGGCUGGUUUUCUGCCCAAUGAGUUAAGGUUUGUUGAUUGGCCUGAAUUUUCAUCCUCCAAAUACUUACCAUUCGAUUCUAAUCCGAAGAGGCUUCUUAAGCUGAAUAUGCCUCGCAGCUACAUGUCAGGACUUGGGGUGGGAUUCAAGAGUUUGAAAAACUUGAUAUCUAUCAAUUUGGAAAGCUGUAUUUUCCUAAGAGAAUUCCCCGACGCCUCUGGAUUCCCUUACUUGAAGGAUUUGAAUCUAAAGUACUGCGGAAGUUUAGUUCAGGUUCAUCAUUCGGUUGGAUUUCUUGAGAAGCUUGUUGCCUUGAGUCUUGAAGGAUGCGGCAACCUUACUUUGUUUCCAACGAGAAUCGCCUUGAAAUCUGUGAAAGAUAUAAAUCUUAGGGGUUGCAGAAGGCUCAAGUAUUUCCCUGAGAUUGUGGAUAAGAUGGAGUGCAUAAUAUUCUUGGAUCUAUCCCAGACUGCAAUCACCGAGUUGCCCUCGUCAAUUGGAUAUCUCAUUAGCCUCGAAGUGUUAACUUUAGAAGAAUGUGAGAACCUUACAAAUCUGCCAUGCAGCAUUUAUGAGUUGCAACAUCUAAUGAGUAUUAAUCUCUUGGGAUGCCGAAAUCUAGUUAGUUUUCCAAAGUGGAGUGCAGAGUCACUUCCAACUAACUCAAAUGUUUCACCUGACUUAUGGUAUCUUAACCUGGGUGGUUGCAAAAGCCUUGAAGAAAUUCCUGAACUUCCACCAAAAAUGGAACGGGUAAAUGCUGCCGACUGUGUUUCAUUGGAACGAUUUGCAAAAUUGUCAAACAUCUUGGAGCAGACAGGGGAACAAAUGAUCGAAUGUGUCACAUUGUUUAAUUGUCAGAAACUGUGUGACAAUCUGGCUGGUGACCUGUCAAAGAAUCAAAAUAUUUCACUGGAUGAGGUCAGUCUCUGCUCCGUCAUUUUCUCAUCUGUGCAAACUCUAUUUGACGUUGUAUUUCCCGGAAGCGAAGUUCCAAAGUGGUUCAGCCAUCGUGAAGAUUUGUCUCAUCAACGUGAUAAAUCUGAGUUUUCUUUUGAAAUCCCUCCACAUUUGAACCUGGAAAACAUAGGAUUGGCUAUCUGUGCUGUUGCUGAAAUUAGUCAAAAGGGAAAAGAAAUUAGCCAAAAGGAAAAGGAAAUUGGCCAAAAGGAAAAAGAAGAGGAAAUUAGCCAGGAAAUUGGCCAAAAGGAAAAAGACAUUAGCCAAAAGGGAAAGGAAGUUGGCCAAAAGGAAAAGGAAGAGGAAAGUUCAGUGUUCUGUAAGAGCUACGGGGUCCACCUGGUAAUGCCACAAGAUGAAGAAGACUUGAAAGAUGAAGAUGAUGAAAAUGAUGGAGAUGAGGAAACUAGUGAAGCCUUGGAAGAUGAGGAAGACUUUGCCAAAAUUUCGAUAGGAGUCGAAUUGUCUUCAAGUUUAACUCAGGGCUUAAAGCGCUUCUUAGUAAAGAGGGUCCGACAUCAGGUGGAUGCCGGACGAGCAGUAGGGUUCGUCAUGAAUUCCAAGGGGGAAUCCGGGGCUGUUCCUCUCAUUACUAGUUCUAAAUAUCUAUUGUAUUGCAUGUUGAGCAAACCAUUGCUUGAACAAGUUGUAUCAGUGGUUAAGAAACACUCUCAAUCUGGAACCAUUAGGAUCCAACCAAUCUGUGAUCAAGAAGAAGAAGAAGAAGAAGAGAUGGCAGCCAAUGACCAGCGUGCUUUGGAGGAUUAUGCUCAACCAAUCAUACCAAAUUCACCUUCAUGCAUCUUGCAGUCCACAAAAGCUAGAAACUAUGAGCUUAAAUCUUCUAAUUUUCAAAUUCUUCCUUCUUUUUAUGGUUUACUUAACGAAGAUCCUUUGGUUCACAUUAAAGAAUUUUAUAAUGUUGUUGGUACUUUCCCUUUAAAGGAUGUGUCAGAAGCAAAUAUGAGAAUGAGGGUUUUCCCUUACACUUUGAAAGACAGAGCAAAGACUUGGUUGAUGUCUUUAACCCCUGGAUCACUAACCACUUGGGAUGCUGUAGCUAAGAAGUUCUUGGAGAAGUUUUUCUCCACCCAAAAGACAGCUACCUUGAGGGCACAAAUUUUCAACUUCUCGCAACAUGAUGGCGAGCCAUUCAAUGACUGUUGGAAGCAUUUCAAAGGAACUCUGAUUCAAUUUCCACAUCAUGGGUUGCCUCUAUACUUACAAAUGCAAUUUUUUUAUGAUGGAUUGACCCAAACUUGUCAAUCUACUGUCUAUAAUGUUGCAGGUGGAUCUUUAAAGAAAAAGAAUGCUCAAGAGGUCAUAUGA